GGCUUUUCAGGGGCUGCUUGCUUGCAGCCAGAGACGCUGCUUUUUUUUCCGGGUUCGGAGCCGUUCCGGAUGCUUUAGGCUGCCGGAUGUCUGAUCUCCGGAUAACUGAGGCGUUUCUGUACAUGGAUUAUCUGUGUUUUAGAGCACUCUGCUGCAAGGGACCACCACCUGCACGACCAGAAUAUGACCUGGUUUGCAUAGGCCUCACCGGUUCUGGCAAGACCAGUCUGUUGUCAAAGCUGUGCAGUGAAAGCCCUGAGAACGUCGUGUCAACCACAGGUUUUAGUAUAAAAGCAGUGCCAUUCCAGAAUGCCAUCUUGAAUGUAAAAGAACUUGGAGGUGCUGAUAAUAUUCGGAAAUACUGGAGCCGCUACUACCAAGGAUCUCAAGGGGUAAUAUUUGUAUUAGACAGUGCCUCUUCAGAAGAUGAUUUAGAAACUGCUAGAAAUGAACUGCACUCAGCUCUUCAGCAUCCACAGUUAUGCACUUUACCUUUUUUAAUAUUGGCCAAUCAUCAAGACAAGCCAGCUGCUCGCUCAGUGCAAGAGGUCAAAAAAUAUUUUGAACUUGAACCACUUGCACGUGGAAAACGCUGGAUUCUGCAGCCCUGCUCUCUGGACGACAUGGACACACUGAAAGACAGCUUCUCUCAGCUGAUAAAUUUGUUAGAAGAAAAAGACCACGAAGCUGUCAGAAUGUGAAAUCUGGCAAAGAAAACGGGUUCCCAAAAGGCCUUGAGCCUAUCGUGUUAGUUUCUCAUUUUUAAUUUUAUUUUGGUAUCAAGACUCUAAUGGCUUCAUUUUCUAUUUUUCUCUAGUUAACGCAGACUCUCAUCUCUCUAUUAAAGUGAAUAUUCUGUAAAUCAGGUGAAUUAUCAUCGGCAUUACCAUCAAGUACACACUACUGAGAGAGAAUUUAUUCUCUGUUUACCACUAAUUAUCUUCACCGCAUGUCUUUUCCUUCUGUUGUUCUAAGCAUCUCUUAUAUACUCUGUGCUAAAAUGGAUGGAAUCCAUGGCUCACGGAAAUCAAAUCCCUUAUGAAGGACUCCAAAAGACUCACAAGACCUUGACUAAUUGUCCCUGGGCUCGGGGGUGGGGCGUCCUGUGACUGGAGCGUCCCAAAGUAUGUGUAUCCUCCUCAAGAUCUCUUAGGGGGGUGUUAUUUUAUUUUAGCUUUUAGUUUUUUGUAUCCUCACCUUAUAGACUAUGAGACAGAAAUGAGCAGCAAAGAAUUCUUAUCAGGAAAGAAUAUCCUAUCCUAAUAGGAUUCACUUUGAAGAAUUUAGUGACAAGACAUAAUGUUCCCUUAUUGUGUCUGAAGAGUCUCAUUCCCCUUUUAACAGCAAAGACAUUGCUUUUGUUUUUUGAGAAGGGUUAGAGGAAAUAUAGGCACAACAUGUGCACCACUGAUUAGUGUUUGAUCAAGGCCUCAAGUAGUUUGUAAUGGAAAGAUUACCCUGCCUAAAGUCAGGCUGCAAUAUAAUAUAGGUACCUUUUGCUAAAAAUCCUGUGUUUGAUUGAAACAGAGAAAAUAAUUUUAAAAUCAUGGGAAAAAAAAUUUGAAAUAGCCAAACUAAGUAUACUUUAAACUGGAAUAGGGCUUGAACUGGCAUGGAUUGUGACAAAGACGUCAAAGACAGAAUAUCCUCUGUAUAUUUAUUCAUUAAGUGCUAAUGUAGUUUAAUGGAGUCUGUGAGUGCCUCCAUCUAGCAAUUAAAGGUCUAUCAGUAUUUCUAUUACAAACCUCUAUUUUCAGGGGUUUCAAUGUACCCUUAAAAAUGAGCUAGGGGACUGCAAUGAAUAAAUAAUUUUAGGGCCCAGAUUCAGUGUUUGGAGCUAAUAUUUUUUCAUUUAAUUUAAAUGAUAAAAUUACAUAGAGAUAAAUGUACAGUUUUACUAAGAGUUGAGGCCUUGACAUUUUC